AAGAGAGUGAUCUGCAUAUACUCGUCUCAGUACAGCUUUGAAUAACAGAGUUUAGUGUCGGUCACACAUAUUAUAAUUUCGGAAUCUCUGAGUGUUUUGUUUGGAUUUCAAAAUUACCGGAGGCUGACCUGGAGUCAACAAGUAAUCGGCCAUGGAAGGAGCUACUUUGGCCUGAGCCCCUUCUGCUCAAAAUCUGAGUGAAUCAGAAGAAAUUUAACAAGACAAUGAAGUUCAACUGGAAAUUAAGCAAGCACAAGAACUUGCUCCUUAAGGUUGCGGCUGCCUCUCUCAUUUUAGGUCUUGCUUUUCGUUUCUUCUUCUUUGGCUCUUCUCAGAUUAAAACCCCUAUUGCUGAUGCUACUGUGGUGGAAGGCCCACCAUCACUUCCGGCUUCUGUUCAUGUACAAUACAACGGCUCUAUUCUUAUACCAGAUAAUGAAGAUCAAAUACCUCAAGAUUGAAAAAGGUGUUGAAGUUUACCAUGAUGAGGAAUUCAAGUCAAGAAGAUGGCACUUCCCGUCAUACAAUUUGACCGUAUCAAACAUUUGGUCCCCUUUCCUCGUGAAAGCUGAAAUCUUUGAAGACAUUAAUGGUGUUUCGACGUCUGAGGUUCAGCUCUAUCUAGACCAACUCGAUAGUAAAUGGACAGAUCAUUUCCAGAGCUUGGACUACACGAUAAUCUCAACUGGGAAAUGGUUUCUCAAAGCUGCUAUCUACCAUGAGAAUGACACUGAAGUUGGCUGCCACAUCUGCCCUGAAGGAAAAAACCUGACACAGUUGGGAUUUGUCUAUGCUUACAACAAGAGUCUCCAUUAUGCUAUGAACCACAUUGCACAAUCUGGGCACAAGGGAUUGAUUUUUUUCAGGACAACAACGCCAGAUCACUUUGAAAAUGGGGAGUGGCAUAAUGGAGGAACUUGUCCACGAACAAAACCGGCUAAAGAGGGAGAGAUUGAAAUAAAAAGCUUGCAUAGGAUUUUACGUGACAUUGAACUGGAAGCGGUUGAGAAGGCAGCAGCUGAAGCUGCCAGGAAUGGGGUGCAACUGAAGCUUCUUGACUUCAUGAAUAUGUUACUGUCGAGGCCAGAUGGGCACCCAGGUCCAUAUCGAGAGUUCCAUCCAUUUGCGAAGGACAAAAAUGCCAAGGUUCAAAAUGACUGCUUACACUGGUGCUUGCCUGGGCCAAUGGACUCCUGGAAUGAUGUGAUAAUGGAAAUGGUGGUUAAUGGUUGAGAGUUGUUUAUUUAAUAGAAACUGUAAUUUUCUAUUAAUUGAUUUUUGGGCUCACAAGAGACUUCUAUUUAUAUAUAUGCACAUAUCAACUCAUUUAAGAAAUAAUCUAUACGGGAAA